UACAGUAGAAUCAAUAAUACUCCAUCUGAGGGAGUUUUAAAUGUGAUGUUGGGGAUCAAUCAUGACCAUUACAUAAUUGAAACCUUAUAAAUUAAUUACCAUACUCAAUAUAGUCCACUUAGGACAGAUAUUCCAAAUCCAUUAAUAAUGAUAUCUUUAUGAAGCAAAAGCUGCUGAAAUAGACUCCUACCAUGGAUGCGUACAGCACCCUACUUGUAGAUGCAGCCCAGCAGUUAUUAUACAAACAUGACUGCAUUUAAUGGAUCGAGCUAAGGAUGUCUCUAUCGUUUGCUUGGAUAAAUGCAUAGGGAAGCCAUACAUUUCUCUAAAUUGUGUGUAAAACAUAUUAGUGAAGCUCCCUCAAGGCCGGACAACCUCCUGCAGAGAAUUAAACAACAUCCGCUUGGUUGAGAUGGAAACACCAAUAGGCAGAGGGGAUUGAGAGCUAUAAAAGAGAGAACUAUUAUGAAAAACUCUAGAGGAUUGAUGUUAGAGUCAGACAACUGAGGCUAGCAGGGAAAAUAUCAGUGGCUUUUUAUCACUUGCUAUCUUCCUUGGUAUAGACACUUUUGACAUGUCGAUUGUGCGUUCUCAGCCCUCACCUUUUGGAUAUCUUCAGCGAGAGAAACACAUUGAGCACCAUCUUAAGGUGCCUAAAGAGAAAAAGAAGUGCAGAUGUACGGAAAUUUCCAACAGACAACCUUCCUAUCAAAAAGAUGAUAAUCACAGACAUUCAUGCAGAACAAAAGAAAACAGUCUAUUCUAUGGAACAAAAGAAAAGAGUGCUGAUCCAAAAAGUGUAAGAUCUUCAAGGAAAGGAGUCACUCCCAUCACCUCCGUGCCUGCUACAUGUUCUCACAGCGGAGCCUGUGACAGGGAGUUGAGGGUUCAAAGAACUCUUACAGUAGUGGAGGAAAUAGAUGAAUCAGUUUGUUCCGAGCUACAGAUCUUAGCAAGUGCUCAGCAAUUCUGCAUAACAUCCAAAGCCAAACCGCAAGGAUUGAGCUGCCAGUCAAAGAGAUUAUACAUUAUUUCCAGUCGCACAGCCAAGCAAUUACUUGUGGCUAUUGAAGAUUCUAGUUGCUUGUGCCACCAGCUAUGCGGCCCUGCUCGCUCUUGCUGCCUUCAACUCUGUGAUCAAAGCAGAGAGAAAGUGUUAAGGUUCUGCAGACCCUACCGGGUGGAUGUGUGCUGCUUGUUCUGCUGCCUCAUGGUCAUCAGAGUAUUCUCCUCUUCUAAUGUUCUCCUAGGCUUUGUCCAGCAGAGAUGGAGCUUGUUUAGUCCAAGUCUCUCAGUGCAUGACUCAGAGGGAAGAAAAACAAUGGACAUCCAAGGCCCCUGGAGUGCGGCUCGCUGCCAUGCUGACCAGGAAUUCCAGGUGACAUCAGUGGAUGGUCAUAAGAUUGCUAUGAUAUGGAAGAGAUGGCCGGGAUAUAAUGAAGAUUAUAAUAUAGAUCAUGAUUUCUUUGGACUUGACAUUUCAGCUUCGAUAACCCCAACAGGCAAGGCUCUUCUUUUGUCAGCUACAUUUCUUCUGAACUACAUGUUUUUUGAGAUGAGCUGAAUGGGAUGUGGAAAAAUAGAAAAUACAUUUCAACAGGGGCCAGUGAUGCAUCAAACUAAUAAGCCCUCAGGCUUCAAUCUGAUAUUCUGGAUAGAAAACCACUGAUCAGAUCUUACAGCAACACGGAACCCUAUAGUAAAACUAAGGGGGGGGGGGUGGCAGGGGGUUAGAAAACAAAUGUAUCCGUCUGAAUGAAGCCUUACGCAGCAAAGGUCAAAUUCAUUUUGUGUUACUUUAUUCUGCAAAAACAACCCAGAUAAUGGCCUUAUUAAUUCACUAAAUAUCUCUGAAGCUAAUGGAGAGUUUAGCAUUUAGGGGGAGAUUUAUCAAAACCAGUACAGAGGAGGAGUUUCCAAGUUGCCCAUAGCAACCAAUCAGAUUGCUUCUUUUAUAUUUAGGGCAACUGCCCUACUCUUUCUCUGCACAGGUUUUCAUAAAUCUCCCCCUUAUAGUAGGGUCACACGUAACGCAUCUGCAGCGUGUUUUACACUGCGGAUCCGCUGAUGACCGACCCUAGAGUGUGCCUGUGUUAUCUGCUCAUAAUAGCAAUCCGCUGUUACGAACAGACACACAGGGAGCUGCGUGCACAUGCAGCGUACUCCCAGACAUUGUGGUCACUCCCUCUGCUCCCUGAGCUAGGCCAAGAUCGGUUGCGAUGUCUGAGUACACUGCCCAUGCACACGGCAACUUGCAGGUCCCUGUAUAUCUAUUCAUAACGGCAGGUUGCUGCUACGAACAGACAACACAGGCAUAACAGGAGGCACACACUAGGGUCUGUCUUCAAUGGAUCUGCAGCGUAAAUGACGCUGGGGAUCUGUUACGUGUGACCCUACCCUUAGUGCGUAGUUCUAAAGCAGUCAGUCCAUGCAAGUUCAUUACAGAUUGAUCACCCAAAUAAAAUCUGUCUAGACUUAUACUGUGCAGGUAGUGGUCACUGCUGAGAACCAGUGUGACUAACUUAUAGCAGAAGCUUAGGGUAGGUUGACAUCUAUAUCACAGCAGUAGGCCAGGAGAUAUGUUUAAACGGUACCAAAACAUAUGUGGUAUACCCGUGAACUUCCAUGAUGUAAAAUUGCCAAAAGUACGUCAGUUUGUGUAUUUGUGUAUUUUUUUUUGUGGGAUAGAAAAGUUCUGCAUGCACUACUUUUCUGUAUCACAUAAAAAUUAUAAGCAGUAUAUGUUCUCUCCCAUAGAAGUAUAUUGGUGACAUGAUAUUUUUUUGCUUGUUUUACAGGUUUUUUUUUUCAUUAGAAAAUUCAUCACAUACACACCUAACUUUUAUGCACACCUAACUCACAUACACACCUAACUCCUAUACACACCUAACUCACAUACACACCUAACUCACAUACACACCUAAAUCACAUGCACACCUAACUCACAUAAACACCUAACUUUUAUGCACACCUAACUAACUUACAUACACACCUAACUCACAUACAAACCUAACUUUUAUGCACACUUAACUCACAUACACACCUAACUCUUAUACACACCUAACUCACCUACACACCUAACUGACAUAAACACCUAACUUUUAUGCACACCUAACUCACAUACACACCUAACUCCUAUACACACCUAACUCCUAUACACACCUAACUCACAUACACACCUAACUCACAUACACACCUAAAUCACAUACACACCUAACUCACAUGCACACCUAACUCACAUAAACACCUAACUUUUAUGCACACCUAACUCACAUAAACACCUAACUUUUAUGCACACCUAACUAACUCACAUACACACCUAACUAACAUACACACCUAACUUUUAUGCACACCUAACUCACAUACACACCUAACUCCUAUGCACACCUAACUCACAUACACACCUAACUUUUAUGCACACUUAACUCACAUACACACCUAAAUCACAUACACACCUAACUCUUAUACACACCUAACUCUUAUACACACCUAACUCUUAUACACACCUAACUCACAUACACACCUAAAUCACAUACACACCUAACUCUUAUACACACCUAACUCUUAUACACACCUAACUCACAUACACACCUAACUCACAUAAACACCUAACUUUUAUGCACACCUAACUCACAUACACACCUAACUCACAUACACAACUAACUUUUAUGCACACCUAACUCACAUACACACCUAACUCUUAUACACACCUAGCUCACAUACACACCUAACUCACAUACACACCUAACUCUUAUACACACCUAACUCUUAUGCACACCUAACUCACAUACACACCUAACUCACAUACACACCUAACUUUUAUGCACACUUAACUCACAUACACACCUAACUCACAUACACACCUAACUCACAUACACACCUAACUCACAUACACACCUAACUUUUAUGCACACCUAACUCACAUACACACCUAACUCACAUACACUACUAACUUUUAUGCACACCUAACUCUUAUACACACCUAACUCACAUACACACCUAACUCACAUACUCACCUAACUCUUAUACACACCUAACUCACAUACACACCUAACUCACAUAAACACCUAACCCGCAUCUGGAGUUCCUCUUUAUAAGAUAAAUACUUCAAUUACAGACAAUUCUAGUGUCUCUGGGAUUUCCUUAGAAUUCCACCUUUUGGCUACUUAAUUUCGGGCCACAAAUAGUACAUGAGCAGCAAUCAUUAAUACAGUUAUUGGUAGCUUUUCUAGUGUCAAGGAAAGUACCUUCAUCCUAGCUUUAACUGCUGAAUUGAUCUCUUUCCAAAAGUUAGUUAUUUCUUUACACUCCCACCAGAUGUGAUAGUACGUCCCAAGGGCCGCACCACAUCUCCAACACUGAUUUGGAUUUUGUGGGGAGAUCUGAUUCAACCACUGGGAGUCACAUGCCAUCUAUACAUAAGUUUCCUUGAUAUUUCUAGGUGGUUUAUACAAUGAGAAACCUUAGUUGGUAGUUGAAAGGCAAAGCUCCCCUCUGCUCGUGAAAAUUCUUGCCCCAGGUCUCUUUUCCAUUUCCCUUGAAACGGGAAGGGUUGGGCGGCCGCUGAUAAUAUCAUAUGGCCUAGAAAUACCUUUACUAUAUUUAUUUGGAUUUAUAAAAUAUUUUUCAUAAGGGGAGGACUCUUGUGGGGUCUGUCAGUUUAAGGUAGCUAUCAAGUGCCUUAAUUACAGAAAUAAAAAUAAAAUAUUUUGAGGGAAGGCCAAAAUUAUUCCAGAUUUCCUCAAAGGAAUACAGAAUAUUACCAUUAGGUAUAUCUGAUAAUUUAUGUAUCGCUCUUUGUUCCUCUUGUUUAAAAUCAGUAUCUGUGAGUAAAUGUUGGAGUACUACCCCCGACGUAUCUGAAUAUGUAAAUACGUUUAAGAGGCCCUUGGUAGUAACAUAUUCCCAAACUGACAGACUAGAUCUGAUUAUGGGAUUUACGCUUUUUACUCUAUUUUUAGAUAUGGCCUGAGUCGAUAAUACGGUAUUGGUUGAUGAAGAUUUCAUUAAGUCUUACCUCCAUAGAUACCCAUGAUUUCCCCUGAUUAUUAUGCCACCAGGCUUUUAGUUGAUUCAAAAUAGUUGCUCUAUAGUAUAGUUCAAUAUUAGGGCAGCCCCCCCCCCCCCCGUUAUUGGCACAUGUAAUACAUUGGAGGAUAUUCUUGCUCUACCUCUUUUCCAUAUGAACCUCCAUAUCAUAGCCUGCAUCUGCUUUAUAGAUGCAUGUGAGAGCCUGAUAGGGAGGUUCUGAAAUACAUAUAACAACUUAAGGAGGGUAAACAUCUUAACCAGAGAUAUACACCCCAACCAAGAGGUGGAUGACUUAGUGUACUUAGACAGAUCCUCCUUAACGGUGGCAACGAUUGGUGUUAAAUUUAUUUGCCCAAGCCUCACAAGGUCCGUUGAAAGAUAAAUAUUUAAUACUGUCUUUGGCCUCGGUCAGGGAAUAAGUAGAUGUUAUUUAUGAUAUACUAUUCUGAUCCAUAUUUAUGGGGAGAAAUACUGAUUUUUUUUUAUAGUUUUACAGUUGUUUUUCAGUUUUUACAUAGUUUAACAUAUAAAUAAAAAAAGUAUACAUUUAAAACGUAUGUAAGUAGAUGCAAACGUAUACCACAAAAACGUAUGCAACACUGAGCUAAAUUGGUCUUGUUUUUGCACAUCCAUUUGUGGUAUACCACAAAAAGAUGUGUGUGGUACAGAUGUGAACCUACCCUCAAGAUCAGCUCACACCAUCAGUAUGAGCUCACUGGUUUUAGGGCUACCUAGUACGUAUGAACAAUCAAGCUAACCUAGUCACACUGAACCUAAGGGGGCGGCGCCCACCACUACUACAGUACAGAAUACUAUGUAAGAUUGAUGAGGAGGUGAACAGCAUUCCGCCUCUUCACCAAAUCUGUUUAUAUAUGAUCAGCAGCCUCAGCAGUGAUAUUCCAUACUCAAGUGUCACUGUCAAGGCUUCUGACUGGGUACCAAGUGGGUACAUAGGUUGAUCCCAAAACGCAGCGUUGGGAUGGUGUCGCUCUGCUCCCUGGGACCCGCUGCUCUCUGUUGUUAAGUAUGUACUAGCAUAGCUUAAUGGAUACCUGUGUUUUGACUUGUAUGUAGCAUGAUCUAUAUGCAAUAGAUGCAGUAUGUAUGUCCUAGUAUAUUGUAAGCUUGUGAGGUGUUAUACCAGGGUCCAGAGUGACACCUCCCCCCCCCCCCCCCCUUUUGUGGAAUUUCUUUGUGUGUGUUUUUAAACGAAUGUAUUAAUAAACAUUAGGGUUUUUGUAAUUUGAGUAAAUGACUCCAGUUUUUUCUAGUUAGUAUGCUGGAGGAUGUUGCAGGCAGCAGAACGUUCUCCACGGCGUCUCCAGACUCUGUCACAUGUGCUCAGUGUGAACCUGCUUUCACCUGUGAAGAGCACAGGACGCCAGUGGCGAAUUUGUCAAUCUUGGUGUUCUCUGGCAAAUGCCAAACGUCCUGCCCGGUGUUGGGUUGUAAGCACAACCCCCACCUGUGGAUGAGUGGACACAUGCACAUUGGUGGCCUACUGGAUGUCAUUUUGCAGGGCUCUGGCAGUGCUCCUCCUUGCACAAAGGCAGAGGUAGCGGUCCUGCUGCUGGGUUGUUGCCCUCCUACGGCCUCCUCCACAUCUCCUGAUGUACUGGCCUGUCUUCUGGUAGUGCCUCCAUGCUCUGGACACUACGCUGACAGACACAGCAAACCUUCUUGCCACAGCUCGCAUUAAUGUGCCAUCGUGGAUGAGCUGCACUACCUGAGCCAAUUGUGUGGGUUGUAGACUCCAUCUCAUGCUACCACUAGAGUGAAAGCACCACCAGCAUUCAAAAGUGACCAAAACAUCAGCCAGGAAGCAUAGGAACUGAUUAUGUGGUCACCACCUGCAGAACCACUCCUUUAUUGGGGGUGUCUUGC